UUCGCAAGGAAUCGAUCGCUUGAACGAUCAGGUAAGACGCCUGAUUUUAACUGCUUGGGCAGUCUUGACUCGUUUGCAAUAAAAUCGAGAUAAAACAGGCGUCAUCUCCAGAAACCAUGGCAACAGAGUACCGUGUCUCGCUCUCUUAUCCGAACCCAUCGCUAGGCCAGAUGGUGGCAGGAUCACAAACUUCCAACUCUAUAGAUGAUGAGGUCUCUCGCUCGAAAUUUGGCUAUGCAGGCUCGCAGCAGGUGAAGGGGCUGCAACAGGUGGUCUUGGUCGUAACGCUGCUUGUUGGUCUUUUAAUCUCGACCCUCGAUACGUCGAUCGUAUCUACGUCCUUGGUCACAAUAUCGAAUGACUUGGGCGAUUUUGUCAAUGCGCCAUGGAUUAUUUUGGCAUAUUUAUUGACCUAUAUGGGAUUCGCCGUUUGUAUCUCCAAAAUGAGCGAUAUAUACGGACGAAAGAACGUUCUAGCUCUUUGCUGGGUCAUCUUCUCUGGAUUUUCUUUGGGCUGUGCCAACGCAAAAGAUAUGACUGCACUCAUCGUGUGCCGUGCAUUUCAAGGCAUAGGAGCAUCAGGGUUAUACAGUUUGACGCAAAUAGCCCUUGUCGAAGUCGGCCCUGCCCACCGCCCUAGUCUUAUCGGAGCCUUAGUCGGAGCAACACUCGCUGUUGCCUUUAUUCUUGGCCCUCUUCUUGGAGGCUUGAUAUCAAGACUCUCCGAUUGGAGAUGGCUUUUUAACCUCAACAUCCCCUUUGGAUUGGUCGCUAUCCUCGCUAUUACAAGCUUCUGGCCUCAGGAGGACGUUUCGAAUUUGCUCUCCUGGGAGGCUUUUACGAGCAUAGACUUUUUUGGCGGCGCUACUCUGCUUUGUAGCUCAGCUCUGCUCGUAUUUGCCAUUCAACAGGCUGGUUCUCAGACAUUUGCAUGGUCCAGUCCGUUGAUCAUCUUGGCCCUUGUCAUAUCUGGCUUAAGCUGGGCCGCAUUUUUAUGCUGGGAGGUGCUUCUAGAUUCGAAGAGGCAUCGUCAUAUUGAGCCAAUAUUUCCAAUUCGCUUGAUGUUGCAUAGGGUCUAUGCUUCAGGUCUCAUACUUACUCUUCUCACCGGAUUUUCAUACAUCUCUCUCACAAUCGUUAUACCGGAGCGUUUCCAAAUCGUCAAUGGGGACAAUGCUCUCAUAGCCGGUAUCCAUCUCUUCCCACUUCUUUGUGCUUGCGCUAUCGGAUCCUUUCUUGGUGGAGCAAUAUCUAGCAAGCAGAAUAACACUUCGUAUACACUCAUCGGAUCCUCUUGUCUCCAGUUGAUAGGGCUUGGAUUGAUGACAACUCAGUCAAGAGAAAACAGUACACAGCCCUCCCAGUACGCGUAUCAAGCAUUGUUCGGAUUAGGAGUUGGUCUCUGCUUUUCUGCAACAACAAUCAUGACGAGCAUCUCUACAGCUGAGUCGAGUGAGAAAGCUACGGCGCAGGGCGCCAUUGCGCAGGCCCGAGUAUUGGGGGGCAGCAUAGGCCUUUCAAUUUGCACGGUAAUAUUCAACAUUCACGUUAACCGAUAUCUAGAAGGUCACUUGACCGAGUCACAGCUUGAGAGCCUUCAUCGAUCGCCGUUAUCAGGAUUGCAACUUCCCAUUGACCAACGAGAUCUAGUCAAGACCGUCUACGCCGGAGCAUAUGCCGAGGAGAUCAAGAUUAUGGCCUGUAUUUGCUCUGUCAUGGUGGUUGCUGCUUUCUUCACUCUGGAAAGGCACCCUGUGCCACUAACGAGAAUAAGGUCAGGAUCAGAAGAAGGACGAUUUUCGAAGCGUGGAAAUGACUCAGAGACCGAAAUGAUUAGCAUCAGCAACGCCCGUCAGACUGCUUGAGUUGACUCAUAGCCAUUUGGAUCACCACAUUUUCAGGUGCUUAUUUCUUUAUUGAAGUGUACUCUUGUGAAGCAUAUUACCUCUUUGUCCAACCCAUACAAAAAUGACCAGCUUGACGUUUGCAGAUUUAAGGCAAAGCUCAAGUUGAGCCCCUUUCCUUAUCAUUCUGUCUACCUUAUGAUAUAUUUCAGAAUCCAAUGUGCUUAUUUUGUCUCUAUUUUUUUUUUCUUUGCUUUUUUCUUUUUCUUUUUCC